CCAGCUAUUUCCGAGCUGUUGUCUGCUCCAUUUCUGCUGAAACUAACAUUUUCUCAGAAUCAAAAUUAACCAUGAUUGGCUCUACUGUCUACAUAGCAUAGACCUGGCAUUGUGGAGACAGCCCAGAUGGCUCCCAGUCGUCACUCAGAAACAUCUACGCGCGGCCGUCGCGCCAGCCGUUCCAAGGUUGUCUCGUACAAAGAACCCAGUUCUGAUGAUGAUUUCGAUGACUCUGAUGAUUUUGAUGAUCAUGGUCAUUCAAAUGGACCUACGCGCCGUUCAUCCAAUUUGAAUGCCAGACAGACUACCAGAGCAACAAGAAGCGUCCGCGCACCUGCUCCACAGCCCCAGCAAACCUCUUCCCGACGCGGGGGCCGAGACCAAAGGGCUAAUACCAGGGAUAAUGCUAUUUCGAGCACGAAAGGUUCAAGUCCAAGGAAGGCGGAAUCACAUUCAAAACAUGGAGGGCAUUCAAAAGCGUUCUCAAUCACUAAACAGGAACAUGACGGGCCUAUCCCUCCAUGGCAGACGCUUCCGUAUCAGAUACUUGUACAAAUCUUCCAGUGUGCUUCUUAUCCGCUCUAUAACGAUAGAUUUCAUCCAACGUCUUCCAUCAAAUGGCUUCUCGAUACGGCUCGUCUCUGCAAAGCGUUCGCCGAGCCUGCCUUAACGGCUCUAUACCGCUCACCCCCUCUCCUUCCAUCUGACAGACCGCACGGCUUGCUGAAGCUUCUGUCUGAAUCACCUGAUAUUCAUUCUUUCAAUUACAAUGUGAAAAUCAAGAGACUCGAGGUUGAAGUUUACCAGACAUUAGCCUAUACAACCCCAGGUUUGGGUCACGUUGAUCUGGGAGCGUUAAUCCGGCACACGCCACAACUGAUCGACCUUGAACUUUUCCACAUCUCUGAUAGACCGCCGUACAGGGACCUUGGGACGGAAAGGGGCCUCAAAUGGCUGUAUCCCGACUCCCUCUUCUCGGCACUUGAUGAAUGUCAACGAAGUCUCGUCGUAUGGCGAUGGAACGCGAGGAUGACUGGGCCAAAACAAGCCUUGCCUAAUCUAAAAUCAAUACAUCAAACUGUGCCGUUCAGAACGAUCAGAGAUCUUGCUUUUGUAAACUAUAACUCGUCCAAGCGCCGACCCAAAGAUGCGCCAAAUGAUCCGGAUGAAGCUGUACUCGCUGACGCACUCUCUGUUUUGCCUAAUCUUAGGUGUCUUCAUUUCGAGAUUUCUUCGAUUGUGAACGGCAAUCUGCUUCCGCUACUCCCAGUUAAUCUUUCUCAUCUUUCUUUUGUCAAGUGUACUUCUUUGACCUCUGACGAUUUGCAACCGUUUCUCAUCAGCCACGGUCACCAUCUCAAGGAGUUGAUCCUUGAUCACAACCAAUCUCUUGAUCUCGCUUUUCUGCCUACCCUUGCAUAUUCAUGCCCUCAGCUCGAGAUCCUGAAAAUGGAUCUCACAUUUUACAGCUCGCACUCUUUCUAUCAUGACUCAGAGCCGCUCUACGCCACACUCCUGGAUCAAGCCGAGAUACCCACUUGGCCCAAAACGCUCCGUUGUAUCGAACUGAUACAACUCCGCAACUGGACUGCCGGAUCAGCCGAAACUUUUUUCCAAUCCCUACUGGACUCUGCCGCGGAGCUACCUGACCUCCGUAGGCUCGUCCUCAAAGUCAUACUGCAGAUCGGAUGGCGCGACAGGGCCCGCUUCCGAGAUCGGUGGAUAGGCAAACUCAAACGGGCGUUUCUCAGACAAUCCGACCCUCCAGAUCCUAACUUGCGGUCACUACGCACGUUCAAGAAAUGGAAAGAAGGGCAAAGGAGCUUCGAUCAUCACGGGCAAACAUUGUUUGGGCAGUCAGAAACACCACAUAACGGCGCCAAACCCGAGUCUGACAGUGACGCACCCCUCCUUUUGCGAAGAAAGAGUACCCGAAUUGCUCAGCAGAACGAGGCGGCUGCCGUUGAGCUCUCGCAAGGAGACCGACCUCGUCGAAAGAAGCGCAAACUUCACCAUGAGAGCGAUAGCUCUGACGAUGACGAUUUCGGAUCCGAUUUGAGUAACUCCGAGUCUGAUUCUGACGUUGCCGCAAAAGGAGAGAGCCAUGUUCAGGGCAUGUGUGAAGUAGUAGACAUUCGGAUUGACAACUUGCGCCCGGCAGAAGCGCAGUUCAAUGAGAAUGAUUUCCUGGAUUCAGAAGCUAGUGGAGAUGAGGAGUGGGAUGGGACAGAUCGUGUACCUGGUGAUGAAAGAUACGCUUGGUAAAAGUGAUUUGUCUUUUUUUUUUUUGUUCUUUUACGAUACAAAUUUCGGGAACUGGGCGUUUAUGGACGGUGGGAUGGAUCACUAUUGGGACGAUACCAUGGAAGUUUACGCGUUUCUUUGAUUGAUCUUGCUCUGCUUUGAAAGAAAAUCACCAUACAUAGUUUCAAUACGACG